AUGGAAUACUUUCAAAUAGACAAAUUUCUUGGAAAAUGGUACGUUAUAGAAGAAUUUCCGGUAUGGUACGAAGAGAAUGGUCACUGCGCUUACAAAGUAUUUGAACUGUGUGGACGCGAAUUAAAAAUUCAGAGUGGUUUCAUCAAAAGAAAUAUUCAAUAUAUUGUGUAUGUCAACAGUACAUAUAAUUCGGGAGAUGAAGCGGUUUUUAAGAUAAAUAAAAGUAAUAUUGACCCAGUCGGAAUGCCGUUGUCUGUUAUAUCAACAGAUUAUGCGAAUUACUCCCUGGUUUACGGCUGCAGGCUCAACGAAAAUUUACAAUUGAAAUAUAUUUCCGCGUGGAUUCUCUCACGAAGCAAGUCACUAUCAUCGGAGCUUUUAGAUCAAGCAUAUAGAGAACUUAAUUCUCUACCAAGCGCCAGUUCAGCAUAUUUACAGAAAGUGAAUCACAGUGAUACAAUGUGUUCUUAUCAGUGGACAGCUGAAAUACAUGCAGUUGAUAUUAAUAAUUAA